AUGCAGUGCAUAUUGAAUAAAUUUACACUACUGGUCACGCCAGUUAUUAUUUCGCUAUGGCUCUCCACGGAGAUUUCACCUGCAGGCUGCGCCUUUGUGUCCUUCCAUUCGGAGCCCACGUCCACGCGCGGUACCAGGAGAUCGUCUAGAACGUCGCGCAGUCAACAGGCAAACUCGAGUGCGUCACAAGCUGGCACCAGCGAGACUACCGAGCGCACGGGAGGCAGAACUCCCGGCCAAAAACUUAUCCCUCAAACGCCGUGGACAAGGUACAUGAUCAAGUAUGAUAUCGCUCGCUGCCACGGAUCUGGUAUUUUUGUAGAUAUCGGGGGAUACGAGGCUGUCGGUAGCAAAUAUUAUCGUAUGCCUACAGGAAAAUGCCCGGUUAUGGGUAAGGUCAUCAGCCUUGCAAGCGGUGCCGACUUCCUCGAACCCAUUUCAGCUGACAACCCUCGAUACAGGGGUUUGGCUUUCCCGGAGACCGUGAUCAAGCACACGGGUGCAUUGGCAGGUGCUCUUACAAGCGCCGGUAACAUACAUGGCAACUUGUCACCGGUAUCAGCUGCUGACCUCCGCAAGUGGGGUUACAAGGGCAAUGCCGUUUCAAAUUGUGCCGAGUACGCCAGCAAUGUAGUGCCCGGUUCCGACCAGAGAACCAAGUACAGGUACCCGUUCGUCUACGAUGGAAAGGAGGAGAUGUGCUACAUCCUGUACUCGCCAAUGCAGUACAACCAGGGAGGCAGGUACUGUGACGAGGAUGGAUCAACGAAGGAGGGACCUAGCUCGUUGCUCUGUAUGAAACCUUACAAAAGCGACACUGAUGCUCACCUAUACUACGGAUCGGCGCGCAUUGACCCGAAGUGGGAUGUGAAUUGCCCCAUGAAACCCAUUAAGGACGCCAUCUUCGGUACGUGGGUGGCAGGUGCCUGCGUGGCGAUCGAAUCUGCCUUUGAGGAAUAUGUUAACAGUGCUGAGGAAUGUGCCGCCAUCCUAUUCGAAAACUCAGCUGCUGAUAUCGAUAUCGACCUUGAUUCGGAGAGGUACAACGAAAUCAGUGAGCUGUACAGUGGUCUCAAGAACCUUCAGCUCAAGCAAAUCGCCUUUUCGUUGUUUGCCCCUAUGGCGAAAUCUGCCGCAUCUGCCACACUUUCCAAGGGUGUCGGAAUGAACUGGGCGAAUUACGAAUCCGAAUCUGGUGUGUGCCGUAUUCUUAACGAAACGCCAACAUGCCUCAUCAUCAACGCCGGAAGUCUGGCUAUGACCGCCCUUGGAUCUCCGUUGGAGUCGGAUGCCAUCAACUUCCCAUGCCACAUAGACACUCUCGGUUAUGUCGAGCCGCGCAAGAGGGGUGUUAAGGACAAUGGUGACAGCUCCGGCAUCACAACCGCUCUCAGCAUGAAGACGCUGAAGUGCACGAAAUACGUCCACUCGAAGUAUUCGGAAAGCUGUGGCACGUACUACUACUGCUCUGACGAGAAAUCUGGUUACCUCAGCAGGCUUUACCAGUUCAUGUGCUCGCACAACGUGAAGAAGGCUGCCGUGAUUACUACGGCGCUGUUGUUGCUCUGCUUCGCCGUCUACUGGAUUUACUACAGGCUUUGGAGUACCAAGAAAGGUCGUCAGCACGAAGAUUACGACAGGCUUAUGAGCAAAUACGAAUAUGACGACGUAUCGCAUGACACAAUCGAACCGGAACAGCAGCUCAGAACAGAUGCCUACAUCUGGGGAGAGGCUGCCGCCAGACCCAGUGACAUAACGCCAGUACACCUGACGAAGCUCAACUAA